GUCAGUGAGGCUUUCAGUCAUGUAAGGUGUGUGUCAGGUGACUGUUCAUGUUGCACUGGUGUCCAGGUCACACACAGGAAGUUCAUCCAGUGGUUUAACAUCCUCCUGCUCAGUUUAGACAGAAACAUUCUUUAUUUUUGAACACAACACAUCCAGAAUCCAAGCGUCCUACAAAGUUCGAGCAGAGCAUUAAAAAGAGACACCAGGCUCAUCCAGACGAGGCGGUCACAUGUCAGAGCGGCUCCGGUUCCGAUCCAGAGGUGACGGAUCCUCCACAGCAGCGUCCGGCUCCGCUGCAAGGGGUUAAUCCAAGUGUCAAAAGAGCAGGGCUGGGGGACGUGAAGUGGGUGAGAGCCAUCUGUCAGCCGCAGCGGGGGCUGCUGGGGACGGUGACAUGUGGACGGCGCGUCCGUGGCCCUUUAAGAAACUCCAUGUUUUCGCUACAUGAUGCGUCAACAUAAAAAGCGGAUGAUGCUGUUAUGUAAAAACAUGCCGAAGUGGAGCGUAGUUUGCAGGAGCUCUGCCCGUAGCCUCGCUUCGUCUUUCACACCGCCGAUGUAGUUUGACGUUUACCGAGCGGAGGGUUUUUACGCGUGGCGCACGGAGCGGCGCAGUUUGGUGCGAGAGAGAGAAAAAAAAAAGGAGAGAGAGAGAGAGAGAGCGAGGCUUCAGCAGAUCAACUCAACAUGAGUCGCCCUCCACACUGUUUUCCUCCUUCACUUGCGGGAAGCGUACACCUGACGCAUCUCUCCGUCGCCGUGUGGAACUGAUCUUCCUUUUUUCUUUUUUAAUCUCCAAACAGCACCGUCCUCCGCUGGCUGAUUUUCCGGACGACGAAGCGAGAGUGCAUGGACACCGAUGAUGAUGCUCACUGAGAGCCCCGUCUGAGCCAAAAGCCCGCCGUUGGAGGACCCCGUGGAUGAAGAGGUUUUGGUGGAUCUGCUCCCGGACGCUGAGACCAUGGUGAAAGCUCAGCGGAGCAAGCCAGUGAAAGGUGGGAAGAAAGAGAAAGGAGGCAAAGCAAAGCGAGACGGCGUAAAGAAACGGAAAGAGGGAAAGAAUGAGCUGAGAGGAAAGAAGAAGAGGGACAAGAAGGCCUCGCAUCGACACAGAACGAAGACGCUGGCGGUGGACGAUGGAGACGCGCUGGACUGUUGUGUCCUGCUCACACGUCUCGAGGAGAAAAGAAUUGUGGGUAAAGAAAAGGACAUGAAAAAGGGAGGGCAAAAGAGUGUUAAAGUCAAAAAGAAGCUGCGCUCCGUUGAACGAAGGACCAAAUCUGGACUUAAGAAAACUUCCGCAGCCAAUCAGCAAACACUGGAACCAAAAAACAACCAAUCGGACGCCUUACUCGUGUUGCCCUCCCCCGUCUGGGAGCCCCGCAGGAGGAGGAUGGCCUCGCUCAACGCCGAGGCCGUCAACAGCCUGCUGCUCUUCAGGGACGAUUCCCUCGCGGCAAAUCUGUCAAAGAAAUGGCAACCUGCUGGCGACGAGCCUGCUAAAGAUCUCACUAAGACUGAACACAGAGGUCAACAAGCCAAACAGGGUUCUUCAGCAGCAGCAGCCGUGAAAGAGAAACCGAAAAAACAGAAGCGGUCAGCAGCUCAGGCUCAGAACAUCGACUGGUUGAGUCUGUUUGCGCCGACGCCGCGGCGUCAGGCCGGCCUCACUGCCGCUACGCUGCUCAGACUCACCAGUUCCCAGUACGGAACCAAACGGCACAAGAAGGCCGAGUCCAAGCCGGGGGGUGGGAGCGAUGCAGCAGCUACCAGUCAGGAUGGCGUCAGCGCUAAGCCUGUGUGUGGAGGAACGACGCAGACCAAAAGAACAACACAUCCCAAACAAGAGGAGCAACUAAAGCACAGAAAACAGGGCACAGAAGAUCCGGUCCAUUCCCAGCCGAGCUCCACCAUCCAGGGCUGCUGCAGCUUGUGUAAGACAGAACCUUUGGAUCCGGAGUGGAAGGGUGCAGGGUCCACAGGGGGGCAGGAGUGUCUCAAACAUCCUCUGCAUUGUGGCUCUUCUCUGGGAUUCCCCUUAAAAACAAUCAAAGAGGAGCAGGUGGAGACGGAGGUGUCGUCCUGCUACUGCUGCUCCCAGGAGAGAUGUGUGGAGUACUGUCACAGACUGGCCCUCUUCCUGGAGGACAAGACCUUCAAGGAACCGGAGGACGGCUCGCUGUCCGAGGUGUUCCACCACCACCAUCACCACCACCACCACCAUCACCACCACCACCUUCAGUCGCCCCAUUCUGUAGCCCACCCAGCAGCCAUAACCAUCAGCCCGCACACCUACACCUGCUUCCCAGGCUACUACGUCCACUUCAGCCACCCAGAGAACCCCCCCUCUCCCAUAUCACCCCUCGCUUUAUGCCCGAGGAGCAGCAAGAGGCCCAAGCUGCUCCCAAGCACAGCUCCACAACCCUCAGGGAUUAGCCACCCAGUGUACUGCUGCACCUCAGUGGAGGCCUGCUACGGAGAGCCCUGCAGGAUCAACGGCUACUCUGCUUACACCAGUGUGAUUCCAGCCAUCACCAGAGGAGGCUGCUCCUUCAGCCCCGCAAACUGCACCAAAUGUAACCAAGGCAUCAAAAGAGAUGACUACCCAUCAGCCCUCAGCGACCACCACGGCCCCUCCUCUAUUCCCAUUUGUCCCAGCCCCAGAAUGAUCACUGGCUGCCCCAUUCCCGCUGUGCCUCCAGCCGGCCAAUCAGUGCCCCACGUUCAGACUCCGCUGUCCGACCCCAGCCAGCCUCAGCCUCCUCUGCAGGUGGCCAAGGAGUGUCCACAGAGUGCCAAGCCGCCCAGCGGGUCAAGGUCUGGUGCGCGCAGCACCGGCAGCCUCAGCGCCGCUGUUUGCCCUCUCAGCAGGGACAAGAAACAGAAGCUCAGCUCUGCCAGCGUCGGAGGGCAAACAGUUGCCAAGCAGCUGAAGAACGGCCGCCAAAAAUCCACCAACGGCUGGAGGCCAGUUGGCCUGCCCUUUGAGAAGGAGGUUUUCUCUGUGGGAGAGGAGUCUCUGGUGCUGAGGAAGUGUUUUGAGGGCGUCCACAGGGACGGGGAGCUGAUUCGGGUCAGAGACACUGUUCUCCUGAAGUCUGGACCUAGAAAAAAGUCUCUGCCUUACGUGGCCAAGGUCUCGGCUCUGUGGGAGGAACCGGAGUCAGGAGAGAUGAUGAUGAGUCUGUUUUGGUACUACCGUCCAGAACACACACAGGGAGGGCGGAACCCCAGCCUACAUUGUGAGAAUGAGAUCUUUGCAUCUCGUCACCAGGACGUGAACAGUGUGGCCUGUAUUGAAGACAAAUGCUAUGUCCUAACGCUGGCACAGUAUUGUCGAUUUUGUGCCUUGGUUAAACGCCGUAGGGAGGGUGUAUGCGACAGUGUCGCCUCCCUUGUGGUGCCACCCGUUGUUGGCAAUGCCAUGCCCACCCACCACUGUGUGCCGGAUGACGUCGACCCAGAGAUGGUGUUCUUCUGUCGACACGUCUAUGACUUCCGCUACGGACGCCUCCUCAAGAACCUGCAGUAGAACCUGACCUGGCGUGACACACGAUGCUACGGGACGUGAGACAACGCUGCCCCGGUUUCAUGCUCCACAAAUUUUAAUUAGCUACCUGCUGCCUCCGUGAGAGAGGAACCGGAGUUUAGGACAAAGGAUUGAAAGCUCAUUUUUAUUUGAAAUCUCAUGUUCAUACUUCCAUGCCGCAGGUUUAUUAGGUAAAAGUAAUGGUCUGGCAUAAUGUGUAGGAGUUCAUAUGGGGUGUAAAUGGUCUUUAUCAUACAUGGGUCUCCGGUGUCGUCGUAGCGGUGUGAAGAACCUGGAGCGUCCUCUGCUGUAGAAAGUGCUACUGCUCUUAGAAAUGUGACAUUUGAUAGAUUAUAUGCAGAGAAGUUGAUGUUACAUGUGAAUAAUGCUACUGUCUGGCCGACAGAUGAACACGUGAGGCGUAGCGUGCCACACUGGUCCUCAUGUGGAGACGAGAGAAAAAUAAGUUUCUCAGUGGCUGAAGACUUCAUCACAUUUUUUGUCAGUAGGUUUCUCUGUGAAUGCGGCUGCUUGGUGUCCAUCUGGCUGCAUACAGACGUUUUACUGUAGAGCCGAUUAAGGAAUCGUUACACGUUUUGGGAAAAAUGCUUUUUGUUUUCAGAGCACUGAAUGAUUUAAUGAAGCCACUCUGGUGUCUGUGCCGAUAGUGAGAACAGCUGGUUAGCAUAGCUUAGCAUAAAGUAGAGCUGCAGUGAUUAAUCGGUUAGCUGUCAACAAGUGAAUUAAUUAGCAGCUAUUUUGAUAAUCGAUUCAUCAUUUUGCAUUAGAGGGGAAAAGGUGAAAUCCUCUGAGACCAGCUUCUGAAACUUGAAUCUGGAUUCUUAAACUGGUUUUGGACAAAAUGGGACACCUGAGGACGUCAUUUUGGGCUUCGGAUCGCCAUCUUUCCUCGUUGACAGUGAAAAUAAUCAUUGCAUCCUGGAAAACAGCCCAGUUCCAGGCUUGUGCUAAGCUAAGCUAACCGUCUGCAGCUCUGUACUUCCUGUACCGACACGUGAGUGGUAUCGACGUUCUCAUCUGAAUCCCCACAAGAAAGCAAACAAGCAUGUUUCCCAAAUAUUUAACAUUUCCGAUUUCACGCGUUUUGCGGUUGAUCCAGAGGUCUCUGUAGUUCAGCCCGAACACAGAUGCGAGGAAAAUCCGAACAUUUGAUUAAAUCUAAUUCAACUUUAUUACCACUGAUCAAGUACAAUCACAGCAAACGGUGGCGUACGGAGGCUUUAUGACUCCGUCUCUGGUGAGUUUCUGAGAGAUCUGCGGGUUUUAUGUCGUAUCUCUCGGCUCUGAAAAUCACCUGGGAGAUGAUUUUCUCGCUGCAGGACGGACCGGCGCCCCGCAAAGAAAGCACAGCUCCGUUUGUUUGGCUUCGCGGUGUGAAGAUGUCCAACGAGCCGAGCAUUGAGGGGAUUUUUGUUAUGCCAAUGCUGAGGAAUAUUUUACUUUCUCAAAGCUGUUUGCCAGAGGUGUGAUUUGACUCCGGUGUCAGCUAAACUGUAUAUUUGCAUUUAAAUAUCUGGAUGAGUGUCUGUUCAUGGCAGAUGGCAUCAGUUAGUCACCUAUAUUCUCGUUUCUUCACUGAUGAGCUGGUGAGUAAUGUAUUCAGUGUAGCAUUUAGAUCUGUGAUGAUGAUGAUGAUGAUGAUGAUUCGUUCCUAUGUUUGAGAAAAAAAGAUAUGUAUUUAUUUCUGUACUGAGAACAUAUAAUUUAUUUUCAAAAGAUAAUUUUAAAGAAUAGAGUUUUAGACGAGUGGCUUUUCAUUCCCGAUUAGAAAGGAGGUCGAACUCGUCGCUCCUUCUUAGCUGCACUGUCUACGAUGAAAAGUGUGUGAGUCAUUCGCGAUAGUAUCUCUGUGUUUCAGUUCGCUUACCCAAUACAAGCCUAUUAAAUGUCGUGUUGGUGUUGAAGUAAGCCGUGGGCAGAUCCGGGGACACGUACGGAGUGUUUGGAAGGAUCUCGGACGCGAAGGACGCAACACGUGUCCAGAGAUGCUUGACCCGCAGGACCAAAACGUACCUUGGCCUCUCCCAGCUUUCCGUCAUUCUCCUUUUCACUUCUCCUCGGACGACAAAGCUUUGCCUCUUCAACCUUUAAAUGCCGAACGCUACGAUGAUUUAAACGUACCUUACCAUUAGCCUGUGCCCUUGAUCUUGCUGCCUUAUAGAACAUUCCCAGCCUUUCAUUUAGAAACGUGUACCGGUCCGAACCCGGAGCUACCAAGCUUGCGAGUGAGCUGAUCUCGAUUCCUGGACGCUUGAGAUGCAUUUCAGAGAUUCGUGUGAUCUCACGCGACCUGAAAGGCAAAAAAGUCAAUCUUGAUCAAGUCUGAGUCAAAUUUCAAGUGAUUUUUAAGCAGAAAAACGCCGACAAGUCAAGACUGGAUGACUGUUAGAAGAAGAGGCUGACAUUUUGAGAUUUUCUUUUUGCAGAGCGUUACUUGAAAGGACCAAAACCGCUCUCACAUAAAAACAUGUAAUGCAGCAGCUAGUUAGCCUAGCUUAGCAUAAAGUUUGGAAGCAUGAGGAAAAUGUAAAAAAAAGCAUCACACUUUAUUAACAUGUUAAAUUCUUUUUCUGUAGAAGUCAUGGUGUUUAAACAUGUUGGGGAUGUUUUCUCCUUCUUCUGGUCUUUAUGCUAAGCUAAGCUAACCAGCUAGAUGGAGAGCUGUCUCCUUUCAUUUAGCUCUUCACAGGAAGGUUUUAUUUCCAAAAUGUCAGUCAUUUUCUUUCAAGGAUAAUUCUUUACAACCUUGCUGUGGAUGUUUUUGGGUGUCAAAGAUUUAAAGUGUAAUCGAUCCAAUAUUGAGCAAAGACGCUACGACCGCUAACCGCUAACCGGCAACAUCGAAAACACACAGAGAACAGAAGAUGUGAAAUAUGAGCAAAAAGGUGCAUUUCUGUAGGAGUCUGAUCCUGUCAGUGACUAAAUUUAACCACUUGACGAUCGGCCUGUGUGGUUAGUUGGUUUUAUGGUCGCCAGUCAUUCUCAUUACUGAACUGAUUCCACUCAUUUUUGUUCUUAUUAAUCUUUUGCACUCAAAAACAUCCGAAAACCAGUUUAAAAACUACCAGAAUUAUCCUUUAAUGACAUUUUACCCUUCUCCAAAAACAGAAGCCGUGGUUAGCUCGAUUUGUGUCGGUUGCAACGAAUCGACAAAUUUUCACAAAACCUCCACAGAAACUUUUCCAAACCGCUGAAUCAUCAUAAUAAUCCACCUCUCAGCUGUACACAAUCCAGAGAAAGACCUUUAAUUGAUAGCACAACAAGAAGGAAUAUAUUGUGAUAUAUUCUGACACCUUAAACGUACCGAGCAUGAUUACAGGAGGCUGUAAAUGUUUUAACAUGAUCACUGAAAUGUCAUGAGCUGACCACAACCACUGGUCUACAUACUGGAGGAAACAGCAAACUACUUCCACCCAGUCUGCAAGCACAGGGGAGGAGUGUUUGAUAGCCUGAUAGCUCUGAGGUGGGGUUUGUCCGCUUCCUGCCUGCUUCUGCUCUGCUCCCUGAGUGGACUACAUUCAUUUCUGUGUUUAUUCAGAGAAUAAAGUUUCAGCAGAACUAAUCAGCGGUUUAAUAUUUGACUUUCAGACGCUCUUUUAAAUUUUUAAAUCCAAUCCAUCAGGGUAGAAGUUACCCCGCCAUUUAAAUCUGCCUUUCUCUGUGAAUCAAAAAGAUAAAUUGCUCCACUGAUAGAAGUUCAAUCUUACGUAUGGUUUGUGUAGGAAAGCCAACAAUGCAAAAAUAAUCCACAGCAGAAUGAACUACAUUUGAUUUCUGCAAUUUAAAAUCUCCUCCUCCCCCCUCGAUCAGAGUUAGAAAACCACAGCCUUAGGAAUCACUCAGCAAACUAAUUCUGUUUAAUCAAGAUGCGUGAUACUUAUGUCUUAACUGGUCCUCUGUGCCUGUUCCCAUUAACCCGCGUAUAUUCCAAGAGUUUUCCACGAAGAGAAGGACGAGCAGUUACUGUACUUUUGUUGCGUAUCUUCCAAAUGCCUUUCAUUUUUGUCAGAUGACACUGGUCUGAUCUUGAAUCACCACAAAGAAUCAUUUGCACCAAAAAGACAGACAGACAGAGCGAGAGCGAGGAGGGACGGUAUGGAAACAUGAAUUUAAUUUCAUUCCCAGGUGUACAAAAACCUGAACUUUGGUUCUUCUUAUGUGAAUUUUUUUUGUUCAUAUUCUUUGCAUGGCUUUUUGGAAAUAUCUUGGAAAUAUUAAUCACAGCACAGAUUAUUUGUAUGGUUUCAAAUGGACCUCUGUAAUAUAAGAAAAAUAUUUAAUUGUAAUAAAUAAUAUAUGAGUUUGAA